AUGUAUUUUAAAAGGGUGACCAUGGGCACCGAAUAUGAAAAAGGUCAUAUCAAAAAGCUGCAGGAGCAGCGUAUGUCCAUGCAAAAGAAAACCUUCACCAACUGGAUGAACAAUGUCUUCUCCAGGAAUAAUGUGAGGAUUGAGUUAGAAGAUAUUUACACAGACUUGAAGGAUGGCAUCUCUCUCAUGAAACUCCUGGAGCUGCUCUCCGGAGAAGCUUUGCCCAAACCAAGCCGGGGAAGGAUGAGAGUGCAUUUUCUAGAGAACAACAGCAAAGCCAUCACAUUUCUGAAAUCCAAGGUACAAGUAAAAGUGAUUGGUCCUGAGAAUAUCGUAGAUGGUGACAGAACCUUAAUCCUGGGCCUUAUCUGGAUCAUCAUACUUCGAUUUCAGAUUUCAUCUAUCAAACUUGAUAAGGAAGAAUUUGGAGGCAGAGCUGAUGUUCUAUUUGCCAAUGAAGCCUUAUUACUCUGGUGUCAGCAUAAAACUGCCAGCUAUUCCAAUGUGAGUGUGAAGGACUUCUCCAAAAGUUGGAGUGAUGGGCUGGCCUUCAAUGCACUCAUACAUGCUCACAGGCCUGAUCUUAUCCACUAUAGCUCACUGCGGCAGGACCAGCCCCUUAAAAACCUGAACAAUGCCUUUGAUGUUGCUGAGAAAGAGUUUGGAAUCAGCAAACUGCUCGAUGCUGAGGAUGUGGCAGUGCCCUAUCCAGAUGAGAGAUCCAUCAUGACUUAUGUGUCACUCUAUUACCACUACUUCUCCAGACUGAAACAAGGCCAAACAAUACAAAAGAGACUUAACAAAAUUGUGUUCUUCCUGAAGGAGAUAGAUGACUUGAAGCUUCAGUAUGAGCAGAUGGUCUCUGACCUCCUGAAAUGGAUUAAACAGAAGGUGAUGGAGCUGGAUGACCGUCAUUUCCCCAACUCUCUUCAGGAAAUGUGGCUGCUCAUGGCCAACUUUAAAACCUUCCGCACUGUGGAGAAACCCCCCAAAUACCAAGAGAAGGGCAUGAUUGAAGCUCAUCUCUUCAACAUCAGGACCAAACAGAGAGCCAACAAUCAACGGCCAUACUUGCCUCCGGAGGGGAAGAUGCUGCAGGAUGUGGAAAAACACUGGAUCAUCCUGGAAAAGUCAGAGCACAACCGGGGAAAAGCACUGCAAACAGAGAUGUUGAGGCUAGAAAGGCUGGAACAGCUAGCCCAGAGGUUCCUGAAGAAGGCAGCCCUGCGUGAGUCCUACUUGGAAGACAUGAGGAAAGUGAUUGGCAAGCAGGACUUCUGGCCAGAGAGCGUGGACAGGAUGGAGGCUGCCAGUAGGAAGCUGGAAGCCAUUGUGGCAGAUGUACUGCCCAGGAGGGAACGCUUCGCAGCCCUGGACGAGAUGGCCACCGUUAUCAGCCAGGAGAACUAUCACGGCAAAGACCGAGUCUUGCUGAAGCAAAAGAGCAUUUCAAAGCAAUGGCAGGAUCUCCUGGAUCUGCUGCAGAGACGAGAACAAUCCCUGGGAACAAUGCAGGAAAUUCUGGGCCUCCUGAGGGACAUAGAUGCCAUUACAGAGGAGCUGAAAGAGCUGCAGGUGCUAGUGAAUUCUCAGGACUGUGGGAAGCAACUCCUGGAAGUAGUGGAUUUGCUGCAGAAUCACAACUUGGUUGACUCACAGAUCUCUUCCUAUGAUGGCAGAUUGACACACAUCACCCAGAGGACAGCAGAAAUCAGCAAGGACAGCACAGUUAGAUCAGAACUGCUUUAUGCAAAAGUUCAGAUGCUUCAUCAGCUGUACCAGAACCUCACAGCUCAGAGCAAGUCACGUAAAUCUCAGUUGGAAGAGGCUUUGAAGCUUUUUGAAUUCUUCCGUGACUGCAAAGAGGAAGAAUCAUGGAUCUCUGAGAAGUGGAAGCUGGCAAGAAUGACAACACUGGGGAAAGAUGUCAGCCAGAUCACAGCCUCUAUUCAGAAGAACAAGGCUCUUGAAGCAGAGUGCAAUUCACACAGGGCCAUAAGUGCAGAUGUGAUGAGGAGGGGCUGGGAGCUCAGCCAAAAGAACCCCAUGCGCCAGGACGACAUUCUGAGACAGACAGACAACCUCCAGAAGCUGUGGCAGCAGCUCCAAGACGAGGUGGCUGAUCGCAAGAGCCGCCUGCAGGCAGCAGCCCUCAUCAAACAGUACUUCGCUGACAUCGAUGAAGCAUAUUCGUGGCUGCGAGAGAGGCAGCCGCUUCUCGCCAGCGAGGACUAUGGCAAAGACGAAUCAAGUGCCGAAGCGCUGUUGCAUCGUCACUUGCGCCUGGAGGAGGAGAUUGCAGCCUAUUCCUCUGAGAUGAGACGCCUCAAAGAGCAGGCUGACAUUGCAGCACAGCAGGCUCCAGCUGCAAUGACAAAGAGGGAAGCCCCAAGUGACUUAAACCGAAAGACAACUAGGCUACUAUUCAGCAGAACCUGGGCAACAUCUGAAAGUGCAUCCACUGGAACCUCAAGUCUGGAUGAUCAUUUUCUUCCAGAGAAUAUCUGGAAGACCCAAGAAGAAAUAGAUUCACUUUAUGAACAUCUACAGAGCAUGGCUGAGAACAGAAAAAAGGCUCUGGAGGAGAUGAUUGGAUAUUAUCGCUUCUGUAGCUCUUGUGAAGAAUUUCAGUCAUGGAUGAGAGAUAAAGAGAACAUUUUCCGCACUCUUCAACCUCAAGCAGACAAUGUGGAGGUCAUGCAGCAGAAAUAUCAGAGAUUUUUAACAGAACUGGCUGCAGGCAAAGGCCAGCUGGACGACAUUGAACAUUUAGCUGCUAAAUAUGGAAAGAUCAGUCCCAGCAAAUAUUUUGAGAUCCAGACUUGGAUGGAAGAGAUCAACAUCAGAUGGCAAUCCAUGGAGACACUGAAGGAGGAGAAAGGCUCUGAGCUGAUUGGAGUGGCUGACGUGAGGACAUUUCUUCAGGACUGCCAGAGCAUAGGAGUGCUGCUGCAAGACAAGAUGGUCCAGCUCAGGGAUCUGGAACCAGGGAACUUGCCUGCUGGCCUGGAGUCAGACAAGCGCAGACUGUACGCAAUUGAGAGAGAGGUCCUGGUGACAGAGAGGAAAAUUGAAUACUUGAGGAGUGUUGCAAAAUCGAUCAAGGACACCAACCCUGCAGAGAGCAGGGCCAUCACUGAGCAGGUAGAAAACAUGGAGAGACUUCUGGCAAAGCUCAAGCUGGAGAUCCAAAAGAAGCAGGACAUUCUGCAGUGGGCCCAAAACCAACAGUCCUUCCUGCAAGACAGCCGUAGGCUCCUACUGUGGGCAGAGGGCAUUCGGGAGAAACUGAGCAGUGAAGAAAUGGGUCUGGACGUGGGAUCUGCAGAGCAAUUGCUGAAGGAACAUCAAGACCUGCUGAUAGAAAUUGGCUCUCAGAAUGAAAGAUUUCUGCAGCUGGAAGAGCUUGGGCACAAAGUCGUCCACCAACAACCAAGUAACAACAGGAGCAGAGAUAUCCACCAGACCGUGGAGAGACUUGCCAAGGAGAAAAAAGACCUGGAGGAAAUGUGGGAAAAGCGAUGGAGAAAGCUGCAGGAUGGCCUGGAAUUGCAGAAGUUCAAUAGGGAGGGAGACCGUAUCAAUGCAGCCCUCUCUGGCCAUGAGGCCUUUCUCCGGGGGGAUGACCUCGGGGACCACGCAGAUGCUGUUCGAAGCCUGCUGAAGCAACAUCGGGAAUUUGAACAACUGCUGAUGGCACUGAAGAGACGAGUGGAAGCACUCAAUGAGAACGGGGUGACCCUAAUAGAGAGCAGGCACUUUGCAUCUCAUCUUAUUGAAGAGAGAAUGGUCACUCUCCGGAGAAGGUGGGAGCAGCUGAUACAAAGCAAUGCCAAAAGAAAACAGAGGUUGUUGGAUUCUCUACAACUACAGGAGUUUAAUCGUGAUGCUGCUGAGCUUUUGAUGUGGAUGGAAGAGAAGUACAAGAUUGCAUCAGAUGAAUCCUAUCGUGAUCCAACAAAUGUUCUACGCAAGUUGAAGUGGCAUGAGGCUGCUGAAAAGGAAAUGCUGGCUAAUGAGGAGCACUUUACAACACUGAUAAAGAAAGGAAAUCAAUUGAUUCAAGACAACCACUAUGCUGCAGUUUCUGUCCAGGAGAGGAUGUCAGAGCUUCAAAAGAAGUGGAGGGAAUUGUAUGGCAAGAUGAUAGAGCGAGGUGACAAACUGAGACAAGCUGGACAGCAGGAACAGCUCAUGGAACUGCUGCAGGAUGCCAAAAAGAAGAUAGAAAAAAUUGAGAGAGUUCUUCAGGAAUCUGAGACAGGCCAUGAUUUGCGCUCCAGCCGUGAUCUACUCAAGCAGCACAGACAGCUGGAGAAUGACACGCGUGAGCUGGCAGAGAAAAUGAAUGCCAUUGUAUCUCAUGCAAGGAAAAUGGCCACCAAUCACUUUGACUCCCAGAGGAUUCUGGAUGAAACACAGAAAUAUCUGAAAAGGUUUGAGUCUUUGCAAGCACCUCUUUAUGAGAGGCGUAAGUUGCUGGAGGCUGCCGUGGAUCUUUAUGAGUUCUACCAUUAUCAUGACAUGGAAAUGAACUGGAUCAAUGAGCGCGUGCCUAUCGCCCACUCCACCAACUGCGGGAAGUCCUUGGAUGUGGCUCAAAACCUGCUGCAAAAGCACAAGGAGCUGCAGGCUGAAGUGAAUGCCCACAAACAGCAAGUCCAGCGGGUCCUGGAUAAAGGAAAGACAAUGAUUGUAGGCCAGCACCCAUCAGCUCAGAAAAUAAGUGAGAAAUGCCAGGAGCUUGUGACUGCCUGGCAGGGCUUGGAGAAGUCCUGUGAGGAAAGGAUGAAGCAGCUGCAGCACUCAGUUGGCUUCCAGGAGUUUUUAAUGAAUACUUCAGACCUGGAGGCUUGGAUAGCAGAAAAAUAUCCACUUGUGACAAGCAAGGAUUACGGCAAAGACGAAGAUGGAACACUGAAACUCAUCAAGAAACAUAAGGCACUGGAGCAUGAGAUUGCCAUUUACCAAGAUUUGUUGAAAGAACUGAGUGAAAGUGCCCAAACUCUUCCUCUUGUGGGCUCCAUCCAGUAUAUUGAGAUUGAUGCACCAAAGGAACAAGUUAAUUCAAGACUCCAGGAGUUAGAGAAGCUAGCAGCCACAAGAGGGAAGAAGCUUGAUGAAACUCUUGUCUUGCAUGAGUUUCUACGAGAAUAUGAAGAUCUGGAAGACUGGAUCACUCAGCAGAAGCAAACAGCCAGCUCUGAAGACUAUGGAAAUGACUAUGAACAUGUUUUGCAACUUUAUGCCAAAUAUGACACAUUCCGACACCAGUUGGAAGCAGCUGGGAAAAGAGUUGUGGCUUUCCAGCAGCUGGCAGACAACUUGCUGAACCAAGGGUAUUCUGAGUCCUGGGAAAUUCGGCAGAUGCAGAAACAACUAAGGAACUCUUGGGAGGAACUGCUGGAAAUGACCAGAUUACGAGGUGAGCGGCUGAGAGAUGCUGAGGCUAUUCACAAGUGUUACCAAGAUCUGACAGAUGCUCUGGCCCAUAUUGAGGAGAAGUCCAAAAGUAUUCCAGAUGAUGUUGCUAAGGACAUGAGAGGUGUGCAGACUCAGCUCCGGAACCAUGUGGCUUUGGAGCAUGAGCUCUCUGGGAAUGAGCAGCAGCUGCAGGAGCUGAUCCACUCUGCAGAUGACGUGCUGCCCCACUGCUCCAAGAAGCAGGUGGAAAACCUGAAGGCAAAGCAGCAGGCAAUAGUGACCAACUGGAAGGGCCUGAAGUCCAAAGUGGGACAGCGCAGGAGACUCCUGGAACAAGCCUACAAGCUUUAUGAGUUUCAGGCACAUGUGUGGGACUAUUUCUUAUGGACAGCAGAAAUAAUAAGGGAAAUGAGAGCCAAGGAGUCUAUUCGGGACAUAUCUACUAGCAGCCUGAGACUCACCCAGCAUCAACAGCUACUGGCAGAGAUCGAAGCACGAGAAGAGAAGUAUGGUCAUGUUGUACAGCUAGGACAGUCCCUCUUGCAAGAUGAGGAAAUGCCAUCAAAAGAGAUUCAGCAGAAGCUACAGGCUUUGUUGGAAGAAAAGAAAAAUGUAUACAAUGCAUGGAGACAGAAGAAGGAGUGGCUGGAGAAAAUACACCAAGAACAAAUGUUCUACAAGGAUUGGGAUCACCUUGACAUGCUCCUGAACUCACAGGAGGUUUAUUUGAAAAGCAGUGACCUCGGAAGGUCUGUAGAUGAAAUAGAGCAACUGAUAAGGAAACAUGAGGCUUUUGAGAAGCUUCUGGCAUCACAGGAUGAGAAGAUGAUGUCUCUUCAAGAACAGGCAAGCAGAUUGGAAAAGGCUGAUGGACUAGAAGGGCAAAAGAUUCAACACAAACUGAAUGUCAUUCAUGAGAGGAAGCGUCAGAUCAAGGAUCUAUCCCAGAGCAGGAGAGAGAAGCUGCAGACUGCCCUUCUUCUGGCACUUUUCUACCAAAACUUGGAAGAGGCAGAAGAUUGGAUCAGUGAGCGCAUGCAGAAGCUGGAGGACCCUUCCACACAAGACCCCAGCAAUCUGCAGGACAAGAUGAAGCUGCUGCAGAAACAUCAGGUCUUUGAGGCAGAGAUUCUAGCAAAUGAAGAAAUCAUCACAGCUGUUAAUAAGAAAGGAGAGGCCCUGGUGUCGAAAGGCCACCCAAAAUCAGGAGAGAUCCGUCGCCAAGUCCGCACGCUUCAGGAACACUGGGAGAAGUUGAAGAGAGCUGUUGCUGCUCGUGGAAAGAUGCUGGAGGACAGUCGGGACUUCCUAGAAUUUCUCCAGAAGGUGGACCAGGUGGAAGCCUGGAUCAGGGAGAAGGAGGUCAUGAUUAAUGUAGGUGAUGUGGGAAAUGACUAUGAACACUGCCUGCAGCUCAAGAAAAAGCUGAAUGAGUUCCGUGGAGCAACAUCAGGGGAAUCAACAGUAGAUGAUGCCCACAUCAGGACAAUCAAUGCCCUGGCCAUGAAACUGGAGAGACAGAACAAGGAGGAAACAAAAACAAUCUAUGAGCGCAGAAAGCAGCUCAAUGAGAAGUGGAACAGUUUUCAUGGUAACCUGAAUGCAUACAGGAAGAAGUUAGAGGGAGCCCUAGAGAUUCAUGCCUUAAUCAGAGAAAUAGAUGACAUCACAGAAAGAAUUACUGAGAAGAGUGUAUUGAUACAAGCAUUGGAUUAUGGAAAAGAUGUGGAAAGUGUGGAAAACCUGAUCCGAAGACAUGAAGAAAUGGAGAGAGAAAUCAGUGUUAUUAAGUCCAAAAUGGAGCCACUGGAAGUGGAAUCUUUCCGCCUUUCCACAAGAAAUCCGUCCAUAAAUGACAAACUGACUAUGAAGCAACAGGAGAUGAAAAACAACUGGCUACGACUCCAGGGACAGGCCAAACAAAGGAAGGAGAAGCUGGCAGCCUCGUACCAGUUGCAGAAAUUUAACUUGGAGAUGAAGGAGAUACUAGACUGGGCCCAAAACACCAGAGCUUUAAUGGAAGCAGGGGGGCUGCCUAAAAGCGCAAAUGAAGCUGAAAGUAUGAUUGAGGAGCAUCAGGAGAGAAAGGAGGAGAUUGAAGCCCGAGUGGAAAGAUUCAAUGCUCUCAGUGACUAUGGUAAGGAACUUGCCAAUUCUGGUCACUAUGCAACCCCUGAGAUUCACCAGUGCCUCUCCAGACUACAGCAAGCCUGGUCUGAACUGAUCCAAGCAUGGAAAGAACAAUAUAUAAAAUUGUUUCAGGCACAAGAUUUGCAGAAAUUCUAUGGCUACGUGGAACAGAUUGAGAGCUGGCUCAGCAGCAAGGAGGCCUUCCUAGCUAAUGAGGACUUAGGGGACUCAGUGUCUAGUGUGGAGAGCCUGCAGCGGAAACACACACAGUUUGAAAAGGCCCUGGAAGCUCAGAUGGAGAAAAUCGAUGAGAUGGCUUCAUUUGCUCUGCAGCUAACGCAGAACAAGCAUUAUGACUCAGAAAAUAUCAGCAACAGAUGCCAGGCUGUUCUGAGGAGAAAACAGAGACUACUGGAGAAUGCUGCUGCUCGCAGACAUUUGCUAGAGGAAUCAAGGCUUCUGCAGAAGUUCCUGAAGAAUUCUUUUGAGGUGGCUGCCUGGAUUAAUGAGAAGAAUAGCAUUGCCCAGGAUGAUAGCUGGAAGGAUCCAAGCAAUCUGCAGACCAAACUGCAGAGGCAUCAGACUUUCCAAGCAGAGAUCAUGGCCAAUAGAAACCGUCUGGACUCCAUCAAAUCAGAAGGGGAGAAGAUGCUCCAUGAAAGGCACUAUGCCCCAGAAGCCAUUCUGUCCAGACUACAAGAAAUGGAAGAACUGUGGGAGGAGCUGCUAGCAAGUUGCCAGGAUAAAUGGACCAAACUGCAGGAUGCUUACAAGGGUCUUCAUUUUCAGCGAAAUGUAGAGGACACAGAGAAAUGGUUGGAAGGUGUGGAAAAUGACCUGAAAGCACCGUAUAAUGACAAUGAUCUGGUGGUUUUGAACAGUCACCUGAAGAAACAAGAGGAAUUGGAGGAAGACAUUGCUGCCCAUAGGGACCGGCUGCAAGAGCUUGUGGUCACAGCUCAGCAGUUCCAGAAGGAGAAACAUUUCCUUGCUGAUGAACUAGAAGAGAAAGUGGAUGAAUUGGUGCAGAGAUACAAAAGGCUACGUGAUCCUCUGCAGGAGAGGCGGGGGAGUCUGGAGGCAAGCAGACUUCAGUACCAAUUCUUCCGAGACGUUGAUGAGGAGCUGGCUUGGGUUCGUGAGAAGCUCCCCAUGGCUUCCUCCAAGGAUUAUGGCAAAUCCCUGGCAACUGUUCAGAGUCUACAAGAAAAGCACCAGAACCUGGAGAAUGAGAUAAACAGUCGGGAUGCUUUGACCAAAGCAGUGAUCAGUACAGGACAGAAACUGGUGAGGGGAGGCCACUCAGCCUCUCGUAAGAUUACAGAGCAUCUGAAGGAGCUUGAGACUUCUGUAGAGGUCUUGAAGGCAGAGGCUCAAGAGAGGAGACAGAGGCUUAUGCAGUCCUAUGAGGCCCAUCUGUUCCUAAAUGAGCUGCUGGAGGUGGAGGCAUGGCUGGCAGAGAGGAGUUUCAUUCUGGAGACCUCUGAUUAUGGGAAGAAUGAAGAAUCCACACAAGUUUUGCUUCGCAAACUUGAAGCUACCAAACUGGACAUGGAUAGUUUCAGGUCGCGGAUUGAGAAAGUACAGGAGACAGGUGCCAGCUUAAUAAACAAAGACAGUCCAGAGAGUUCAGUAAUACUUUCAAAGCUCCAGGGGAUCCUAGCAGACUAUCAGUCUCUCCUACAGAAGUCUGACACCCAGAGAAAACGCCUGCAAGAACAAUUCCAGCUCUAUCAGUUUGAAAGAGAAUUCCAGCUGGUGGAUGCAUGGCUUUCCAGUAAACUGUCUGUAGCAGAGUCAGACGACUAUGGGCAGGACUUAGAUGAUGUUGAGGUGCUGGAGAAAAAGUUUAAAGAUUUUGAAAAUGAGAUGAAACCUCUGGGUCAUUCCAAAGUUGCCUCCUUAAAUGAGUUAGCAUCUAAACUGGAUAAGGAAGGCCACAGCAAGAUGGAUGUCAUCCAAAAGAGAACUAAGCAAAUCAAUGAAAUGUGGGAGACACUAUGCAAUGCCAUUCAGCUAAGGACAGAGAACCUAAUAGCAGCCCAUCAAGUUCACCAGUAUGACCACGAUGUGGAUGAAGUAAAGGGCUGGAUGCAGGAGAAGGAAGCAGUGGUGGAUAUAGAAGAUUAUGGAUAUGAUCUUCCAGGUGUACAGACACUUCUCAGCCAUCUUGAGGGAGUAGAGAGAGAUCUAGGAGUCAUCAUGAAAGAGCUGGAACGGAUCCGAGGAGACGCUUGGCACCUCAGCCGCACAUACCCUCAAGUGAAGGAAAACAUCAUGGAGAGACUCACAGAUGUGGAUGAGUGCUGGGAAAACUUGGACAAAAAGUUUCUGGAGAGGAAGGCAAGACUGAGCCAGGCAGAACAAGUCCAGCUCUAUUUCAAUGACUGCAGGGAGCUGAUGGCCUGGGCCAACGAGAUGCAUGCUCUGGUGAUAUCUGAGGAACUGGCAAACGAUGUCCUGGGAGCAGAACUGCUCAUCAAGCGCCAUGAGGAAUACAAGCGUGAGAUAGAGAAACAGUGGCUGAAAUAUGAAGAAAUGCAGCGGGCAGGAGGUGACCUGAUGAAGAAUGGACAUUUCAUGUCUGAAGAGAUUGAAGAAAAACUGUUAGAGCUGUCAGAGCUGAUGAAGAAGGUAAAGGAGAGCUGGGACAUGAGGAAAGCACUGUAUGAAGAAAACUGGGAGAUCCAAUUGCUCCGCAGAGAGCUCGAACAAGCAGAAGCGUGGCUGGCUGCCAAGGAGAGCUUUCUUUCAGAUCCCUCCUAUGGGGAUUCAGUGUCUGAAGUAGAGGAAUUACUGAAGAAACACCAUGAGUUUGAGAAGAUGCUUGCAGCACAGGAGGAGAAAUUUGCUCAGCUCAGCAGGAAAACUAAGAGAGAGAUGAAUCUUCUGAAACAAGUGGACACUGAAGAGAGUGAGCAGAAGGAUAAAGGCAAAGUUGUACGAGUUCCUUCUCUGAAAAGAAAACCAUCUGACAAAAGGAAUGCGCCACCAAAAGUGACAGAGAUAAAGAGCACAACGCCACUGCCACCUGUGCCCACACACAGUGUGUCCUGGAAGGUCCCACUUGAAACUAUUUUCUCCCCAGUUGAAAAAUCUCCAACAAGGUUCCAAGAAUUCACUUCCUUGGAAGUCCCUGAAGUGCUGAGCAGCAACAAAACAGAAAUGAAAGCUGAGACAAGGCUCGGUGAGAUUAUCACUCCAGCUACACCAAAGAUGGUAGGCCCACAGGCUGCAUCUUUGGAAAGACACGGUUCUUCAGGCUCUCCUUUAUCUCCUACUCCUAUAAGCCAGCAACACAGCAGCAAUUUGUCAGAAUCACAAGCCACAGACUGCAUAUCUCCUCAGGAAAAAGGUGCUAUAGGCUCCUCUUUCCCCAACCUGCAGACCAAACUAACAGCAGCACCACCCGAGCCUGGACAAAGGUCACUAGAUAACUCACCAAACUUACUGCUGUCUAGCUCCUCUUGGGAGAGAUUAAAGAAUACAUCUUCGGUUUCUGCAAGUCUCCAGAACAUGGAGGGUUUCCUAGAGAAGCGAGACCAGCUCCUUCCACGAAGACAACAGCCACACUCGAGGUCUUGGAACUCCUGCUAUGUAAAACUUGAUGGAUUAAAGCUUGACUUCUAUAAUGAUGACAAAGAAGCAACUAAGAAUGUAUCCACAGUCCUGUCCCUCAACAUUUCUGGUGCCAAAUGUGAGAGGCUGGUGAAUUACACCAGGAAAGAGAACGCCUUCAUGCUGAGGCUUAGAGAUGGGGCAGAGUAUUUCUUUGCAGCACCUUCUCAGACACUGAUGGAGGACUGGCUGCAAUCACUACAGAAUAAUAUAGGACACAGUAACAGAUCCCAUUCUACAGUGAUGGCGCAAAGUUUCAUUUCAAACACAGAGACCUCCCAGAAAAGAGUUUGGGACUUUCCAGACAGGGACUCUGCUGAAAGGCUAACCAGCAAAAGCUCACUCCUGAGGAGAACACCUUCCUUCAAAAUCAAACCAGAGAGAGAGUCUGCAGAAUUCUCCAGAGAUCUUGAGAAAGAUGGACCUGCUGUGACACAAGCCUCAAUCACCACCCUAAGCCUAGAACAAAGUGGAAAUAAAACAAAACUGCUUCCAUCUCUACUAAAAGCAAGAAGAGAAAAAUGACAUUUGCCUCAAUGAAUUCCAGAGAAUUAUAACUUAACUCAGACCUCCGGAAAUAUAUUAAUAUGUUUUAAGUUAAUCACUUCCCUCUGAACUUUUAAAAUUAUGUAUUUAAUCUCAUAAAAUCUUUAAAUAUAA